CUCGUCCGGAGUGGGGGCGGGGCCUAGACGCGCUCAAUCCCUGGAGCGGGUCCAGUGGAUCCGCGGCUCCUUCCCGCAGGAUCAGGUACUAGAGAUGCUAUUAGGCUGUCAUUUCAUUGAGUGUGAAGAGUCGCCCCAGAGAUGGAAAACUUCAUUCUGUAUGAGGAGAUUGGCAGAGGCAGCAAGACGGUUGUCUAUAAAGGGCGGCGGAAAGGAACGAUCAAUUUUGUAGCUAUUCUUUGUACUGAUAAGUGCAAAAGGCCUGAAAUAACCAAUUGGGUCCGCCUCACCCACGAAAUUAAUCACAAGAAUAUUGUAACUUUUCAUGAGUGGUAUGAAACCAGCAAUCAUCUCUGGUUGGUAGUGGAACUCUGCACAGGUGGUUCCUUAAAAACAGUUAUUGCCCAAGAUGAAAACCUCCCAGAAGAUGUUGUGAGAGAAUUUGGGAUUGACCUGAUUACUGGUUUACAUCAUCUUCAUCAACUUGGUAUUCUCUUUUGUGACAUUUCUCCUGGGAAGAUCCUCUUGGAGGGACCUGGCACACUGAAGUUCAGUAAUUUUUGCUUGGCAAAAGUGGAAGGUGAAAAUUUGGAAGAGUUCUUUGCUUUGGUGGCAGCAGAAGAAGGAGCAGGUGACAGUGGGGAAAAUGUACUGAAAAAAGAUAUGAAAAGUCGAGUCAGAGGGUCUCUUACAUAUACAGCACCAGAAAUUGUGAAGGGCACUGACUUCUCCGUCACCAGUGACCUCUGGUCUUUGGGCUGUCUGCUUUAUGAAAUGUUUUCAGGAAAACCUCCAUUUUUCUCAGAAAGUGUUUCAGAAUUAAUUCAAAAGAUUUUUUAUGAAGAUCCUUUGCCACCUAUUCCCAAAGAUUCUUCUUUUCCUAAAGCUUCUUCAGAUUUCAUUAAUUUGCUUCAUGGUUUACUUCAAAAAGAUCCUCAGAAAAGACUAACUUGGACGGGCCUACUGCAGCAUUCAUUUUGGAAGGAUGCUUUCACUAGAGAAGAUCAGGACUUGAGCACCGAGGAUUCCAGCGUCAGCAGGAAGGCGAUGGAGUAUUCUGAGCCACAAGGUUCCAAGGGGCUUUCAAGGAACCCUCAGCGCGCACAAGCACAGGUGGAGAAGAGCGGCCAGCGACUCAGUCGCUCCUUCAGACUGGAAAAUCCAUCUGACUUGCGGCCUAAGAGCACUACUGAGGGCCAGUUGAAUGAGUCCAUGUUUCUUCUCAGCUCUCGUCCUACCCCAAGAACUAGUACCACAAUGGGAUUAAGCCCUGGUGAGGAUCUGACUCAAAAUUCACCUCAGAAGACAUCUCCUCCUCCUCUGAUCAAGAUUGCAAGUGGACACCUGAGUCAGCAGGAGCUGGAAUCCCAGAUGAAAGAGCUUAUCUACACAGACUCAGAUCUUGUGGUCACCCCAAUUAUCGACAAUCCGAAGAUAAUGAAGCAACCACCAGUUAAAUUUGAUCCAAAAAUAUUACAUCUACCAGCACAUUCAGUGGAUAAACUGGUGUUUCUAAAAGACCAAGAGUGGAAUGACUUUCUGCAACAAGUGUGCUCACAGAUUGACUCCACUGAGAAAGGCCUGGGGGCCUCCCGCGCCAAACUCAAUCUCCUUUGCUACUUGUGUGUGGUGGCUGGUCACAGGGAGGUGGCCACCAGGCUCCUCCACUCCCCACUGUUUCAGUUGCUAAUCCAGCAUUUGCGAAUAGCUCCAAACUGGGACAUACGGGCCAAGGUAGCUCGGGUGAUUGGUUUACUGGCCGCCCACACAGCUGAACUCCAGGAAAAGACACCCGUUUUUGAGGGAAUUGCUCUCCUAACUGAAUUAAUUAGGGAAAACUUCAGGAACAGCAAAUUAAAACAGUGCCUUUUACCAACCCUUGGGGAGCUGAUCUACCUCAUAGCCACCCAGGGAGAGAAAAAAAGGAACCCUAGAGAAUGCUGGACUGUUCCCUUGGCUGCAUACACAGUGCUAAUGAGGUGCCUUCGGGAAGGGGAAGAACGUGUGGUGAAUCACAUGGCAGCAAAAAUUAUUGAAAACGUCUGCACAACCUCUUCUCCACAGGCCCAGGGCUUUAUUACAGGAGAAAUUGGACCUGUUUUAUGGUACCUAUUCAAACAUUCCACUGUUGAUUCUCUUAGGAUAACAGCAAUAUCGGCCUUGUGUAGAAUCACUCGCCAUUCUCCUACCGCCUUCCAGAAUGUCAUUGAGAAGGUGGGACUGAACUCGGUGAUAAACUCCCUGGCCUCUGCCAUCUGCAAAGUUCAGCAGUACAUGUUGACCUUAUUCAGUGCCAUGCUGUCCUGUGGGAUUCAUCUCCAGAGACUAAUCCAAGAAAAGGAUUUCAUCUCUACAAUUAUUCGUUUACUUGACAGCCCCUCAACUUCCAUCAGAGCAAAAGCCUUCCUGGUUCUAUUAUAUAUUUUGAUUCAUAACCAUGAGAUGCUGCUUCUUAGCUGCCAAGCAAGACUGGUGAUGUACAUCGAGAGAGACAGCAGAAAGACCACUCCAGGCAAGGAGCAGCAGAGUGGCAAUGAGUACUUGUCCAAAUGCCUGGACCUCCUCAUCCGUCACAUCGUACAGGAGCUGCCACGGAUCCUGGGUGACAUUCUAAAUGCCCUGGCUAACGUUUCCGGUCGUAAACACCCAUCAACAGUUCAAGUGAAGCAGUUGAAGAUGUGUCUCCCCCUGAUGCCUAUAGUGCUUCACCUCGUCACUUCUCAGGUAUUUCGACCUCAAGUUGUAACAGAAGAGUUCCUUUUCAGUUACGGAACUAUUCUUAGUCAUAUUAAUUCAAUAGAUUCAGGAGAAACUAACAUAGAUGGAGCCAUAGGACUGGUGGCCUCGGAAGAAUUUAUCAAGAUCACCCUGUCUGCAUUUGAAGCUAUAAUCCAGUAUCCUAUUUUGUUGAAAGACUAUUGCUCUACGGUUAUUGAUUCUAUCCUGCCACCCUUAGUCUCCUUGGUUCAAAGCCAAAAUGUGGAGUGGAGACUCUUCAGUUUAAGGUUACUCUCAGAAACCACAUCUUUACUCGUGAACCAGGAGGUUGGGGAUGGCAAGAAGGAGGCAAAUGUUGAUUCUGAGAACAGUCUUUUGGCCCUCAUCAGAGAUGUCCUGCUUCCCCAGUAUGAGCACAUCCUCACAGAACCCGACCCUGUACCAGCAUAUGCUCUGAAAUUGCUAGUGGCGAUGACCGAACAUAACCCCACUUUUACCAGACUUGUGGAAGAAAGCAAACUGAUCCCACUCAUUUUUGAAGUAAUUCUGGCACAUCGGGAGAACAUUCUGGGUAACACCAUGCAAAGUGUGAUUGCAUUGCUCAAUAAUCUGGUUGCCUGCAAAGACUCGAAUAUGAAGCUACUUUAUGAACAAGGGCUGGUAAGUCAUGUUCGUAACCUGUUCACAAAAGCUGCCACACUGUGCUUGGAUGCCGACAAAACCAACAACGAGACAGCAAUCACAUUGCUGUUUUCCCUGCUAGAUAUUUUGCACGGCAUGUUGACCUACACAUCCAGCGUCGUGCGUGUGGCUCUGCAGGCACAGAAGUCUGGCUCAGGAGGGGACACGCAGGCUGCCGAAGACCUGCUGCUGCUCAGCAAACCUCUGACAGACCUCGUGAGCCUGCUCAUUCCACUGCUUCCUAAUGAGGAUCCAGAGAUUUUUGAAGUUUCAUCCAAGUGUCUGUCUAUACUGGUACAGCUAUAUGGAGGGGAAAACCCAGACAGUCUGUCUCCUGAAAAUGCAGAGAACUUUGCUGAUUUGUUGGUAUCCAAGGAAGACCCGAAGGAGCAGAAGCUUCUGUUGAGGAUCCUCAGAAGAAUGGUCACCUCCAGUGAGAAGCAACUAGAGCGUCUCAAGAAUGCGGGCAGCCUCCUGCAGGCUCUGGAGUGGCUGACCCCAGCUGGCAGUUCAUCUGCUGACAGUGCGGUGGCUUCAUUGGCCCUUGAAAUCCUUCAAGCUGUUGGACGGUAGGCAAGAAGGCACUUAGUGCAAGUUCACUCUGCAGCACCAAACCUUGGCUGUGUCCACUCAUCACAUCGUCUCCUACAGCUGUGUUGGGACCUAAUAAAGUCAGUUGCACCCAGGACCUACUGGUUGAGGUGGUCUAUCUCUGGGCCCUACAACACCCAUUCAAGGUAGACCUCCUCAGCUCCAGUGGGAUCCAUCUGGGUUCACUAGCUGUUCUUGAAAUGUUCUCUCCAUCUUUGUGGGCCAGGUAGGCCUCCGCUGAAGCCGGCACUGCCUGUGCUCACCCAAGUGGACUACAAAGUCUUUCUACAGCCUGUUGGCAUCUGUAAGCAUCUCUCUUCUCCAAAGACUUACAGGCAGGACUAGGCAUGAAUACCCGCCUCUGCCGCAGCUCUAGAGCAAACCUUGGUUCUUGUUUUCCUCCCACUUUCACCUGCCUGACUAUUCUUCAUUUCAGAGACAAUCUCCAAGAAUCCUUUUGGAAGACUGACAAGAUUCUACUGACAGACACAGGUAGUUAAAGUUUGCCUAAAGGAAUGCAAAAUGUUAGAACGCUGGCACCCUUGAAGGUCUGCCCAUCUAGAUGGUGUGAUGGCAUCAAGGUAGAACCCUUCCCCCACUUCUACCAAUUACCCCCUUUUAUCCUUGAAACCUUUUCCAGCUUCUUCCUGUUUCCUUAGAACCGCCUAUGUAAAGGGCAAGCCUGUGGAAGUACUUGGUGAACACUGCAGGAAGGCCUACUCUUUCAGUCUGAACUACUAGGGGUGGCUCCUUGGCAGCUUCAACCAGGUGAGCCAUUCCUUGGUCCUGUGCCCGUGGGGCCUUGGAAUGGAAUAGCUAGAUCAGGUCAAAGGCUGUGAUCCCUCUGAGCUCCAGUGCUUUCUGAGAGGGUACUUGACCCCCCAAAAAUCACUGCUCCAAACAAACCUAGAUGGAAUUCUGUCCCAGGCAGACAUGUUAGCCACGGGGGCACUAAGUGUCCCUCUACUUUACCAUGGGAAACUGGUCACACUGUCACCAACAGCUACCACAGUGGUCUGGGUAGUUUACUAGCUAACAUUUGGCUUUGUAAUAAAAAUGGCAGCUCUGAGCCCAAUUCCAUCAAAGAUGGUCAUCUCAAUUCCCUCCACAACUUGCAGAGCAGGCCUUCUUUGCUUCAUCUAGAAGUGACUCAAGAGGAAGUAGUCAACUUACCCAAGACCCCACAGCUGUCAAACUCAGGCAUCUGACUCCAUAAUCUUUGUGUCCCCCCCCUCCCCCCAUCAGGUGUCCAGGGCUUAAGUAGCAAAUAGUUGAGGUGUAAGAGGGUGCCCCACCUAGGAGCAGGCAGUUUCAUUUGCUCCCUCAUGCUCCAUUUCCCAGGGGGAGGAAGCCCCAUGCUAAGUCCCACUGGGCAGUGUCCGAUUACCAGGCUGUGUGCUCAUGUUCCCCCGGGGGUGGAGGAGCUGGUGGAGCAACCAGAGGCCUGGCCUUCAGCUCCAGUUGUCUUGUCUGCUGGGUCCAGGCACAGGCAGUCUGUUUGCCCAGGAAAUCCACUGUCUCAAGUCCGUUCUUGGGUGAACCACCUGGAGUUCUGGGCCUGAAGUCUUUCCAGAACUUCAGAGCAAUAAAAGAUCCUUAUUUUCCCUUUUCAGUUGAGCAGGGAGGAGUCUUUUAUUCAAGGUUAAAAAAGGAAGGUUUUACACCGCAUAACUGUUCUGCUGAUUGGACCAAUCCUGGCCCUGGGCCUGUGUGGCCUUAUCUGAGCAGGCAAGGGGAAAGGAGAUGAUGGUUUCAAGCACAGUUGCUGCAGGGCCAAGGACUUAGCCCAGAGUGCCAGGGCGCUAAGGCCACCCCUCGGGAGCCUGCCACGCUGGUGUGCUCAGGAAUUAGGGGACAGUUGGGUUAUUCUCACAAGUGCCAAAUGUAAAGCCGUGGCCCCAGUCCCAAUGACCUCAGGGAAGGAGACAUGAGUAGGCAGGCUGAGCAGGAGAGAGGCUGAGGUCUAUGACCCUUCCUGACCUCCCUGUGCAGGAGGCCCCUCAUAUUUGGCUUCCCAGGCUGGCUCCAGUUCUGAGUGGAGCUUUCCCUCUUCCCCACAUCAAUUCUGGAUUCUGGCAGUACUGAAGGACCCAGACCCAGACAUCCACACUGGCCUCUCCCCUGAAGCCACUUGCUAACUGGUUACAAUCCACUGCCUGAACUUUUCCAGGGAUGGUGUCCAGAAGCUACAGAGAUAGUACACUAGGGAGGCAGAGCAAGGGUGCCUUCUUCCAUGAAUCCUGAGAGGAACAGACAAGUUAUCUAGGUAAGCUAAGGAGAAUGCAGCAGCAGAUUUUACUGUCUUAGGGUUCUUUGUAUUGUUCAACUCUUCAUGUUUCCCACAUCAUCCAUCAUUAGUUUUCCCAGCAAUUCUGUAAAUGCAGGGCAGACACUGUGUGUCAGAAAGUGGGGGCUCUACUGGUUAAAGGUCUGUCCUGCCUCCACCUGAAGCAAGAUCUCCUUGAUACUUCCUUCCCUGGCAACAGAAAAGUAUAAUGUAGAAAUAAAUCUGACACAUGCAUUUAUGUAAAGGCUGAGAUAGAAGCCUCAGGAAGGAACUGAUAGAGGAAGCAAAGGAAACUAUAAAAAUUCUAGCCACUUGGAGUAGGGUGUAAACAGGACUAGCCAAGGUUUAGAUUCCAAAAGAUUUAAGUUUUGGUGAGGCUGAGGGAAGUAUGGAAACCAGAAGCAUGAAGUCAAGGUUGAGAACAAGCACUAGGGAGAUGCAAGUCCUGAAGGGCUCUCGUGAAAGGAAGACUGACCUAUAACUGGACUGGUCUACUGCGGAGACUUGAUGCACAGGUGCAGAGCAAAGCCUAUCACCUCCCUUCAGCUUACUAGAGUCUGAUGGGGCAGGGAAGUGGAAUGGACAUCACACAGGAUGCUGAUGGGUAAGAAAAAGGAAACAAUCUUUUGUUUGUUUGACAACAAACAAUUUGACAAUCAGUCAAACACUGUUUGACAAUCAGUGUCACCCUCACCGGCACCCUGCAGCUUCUAACUGCACUUGGUGAUUAAUUCAAGCAAAAGGACUGCAGUCAAAUGACUUUGCUCUCUUCCCUUUAUAAAUCAAACAGCACCAUUCAAAUCUUGGUUUUAUUACAGUAAUCAAAACAAGAAUUAAAGAACAUUUAUCUCAAGAUUUUUUUCAUUGUCAAGGAUGCAAAUAAUCCAAGUCUUAUGUCUAGAACAAUGCUCCAACAUGGAAAAACUUCGCUCAGCAGCGGUCACUGCAAUGGGAUCAAAUUCCUAUUAUCUCCCUCUCUCCAGGUAACCACUAGUCUAACUUAUUUAGUAAUCUAAACACUUCCUCGCCUUAAUUUUGCCAUCUGUUAAAGAGUUCAUUAAAAAAGUCUGCCCCUUUCCAUGAUCAAUGUGAUGUAUGUCACUUUCUUUUUACUCAGUAUGUGAUAUACCCCCAUACUGUGCAUGAAAACUAGUCUUCUGCUGUACUAGAGUGAAAUACUAACCAUUUGACACAAGGGCCUCCAGUGUGGGCUGUUACACAGUAUACUAGAGCUAGAGGCAAAAGAAAAUUUAUACACAC